GAACCGUCAACAACGACUGAACUCAAAAGAGACAAGAGAGAAGAAGAAAAGUAGUCUUGUAUUAAAGCCCUUUUUCUUCUCUAGAAUAGUCUUGAUUACUGUAAUAAUGGAGGCUUUAGAAAGAGAGCUAGCCAAAAUCACAGUUUCGCUUCCAGACGUCAAACUACCUGAGAAGAAAGACGAUGUCGAAAAUCUUCCAAAUGAGUACAAGACUCUCAGUGCAAAAGAGAAGCUGGUCUUGUCUUUUGCUGAGAACUUCAGAAGACAGUUUGUUCACUUGUACAGAGAUAGAAAACCACUGUUACUGAAUCCAGUAAAUGAAUGUGAAACAGAGAAAUUUAUUUGCACAUAUGUUCGUCCAACAUUGCAGGAAUACAAGGAACUGUAUGAUUUUGAUGGAUGUGCUCAGUUUGUUUCUGAUUAUAUUACAUUUGAACCAUUGGAACCACCUAUUGACCUGCCAAGUACAUUGCGUUCGUCUACCACUGUCUUGAUGAAGCAGAAGGGAAACUGCUUUGAGUUCAGCAUUGUUUUAUGUUCACUUCUGAUUGGUGCAGGCUAUGACGCAUAUUGCAUCUGCGGUUAUGCCACACGAGAGACAACACUCAUGGAUGAAACCAGAGAAAUCUGUCCCAUGCUGAAAAAGAAAGAUGAGGUGUCAAAAGAAAAACAAAAGAAAGAAGUCAAGAAAUAUUCAGUUAAACCACCCAAGGAUCUUCGCAGCAAAUUUGAGGCAAAAGUAGAAGCUAAAAAAGAGGCUGAAGAAGAAGAGAAAGAAAUGAAAAGAAAGCAGGAAGAGGACAAUAGAAUUGCUGAGCUAGAAAAACCCAAACCUGACAAGCUUCAUGGGCUGAGAGUCCACUGUUGGGUGCUUGUACUAUCAGGAAAGAGAGAAGUCCCAGAAAGCUUCUUCAUUGAGUCACUUACUGGGUCAGCUCAUCCUCUAAAUCAUCCUGCUUAUCUUGGGAUUGAAAGUGUAUGGAAUGACAAGAACUACUGGGUCAACAUGCAGGAUUGUUCAAAUGGUGUACAGGAUUUAGUAUAUGAUCUGGGUGACCCAGCAAGAUGGGAAUUCAUGUUCCCUGGUUCUGACAAACCCUUGCUGACGUUACCUACAGUAGAUGAUGAACUGGACCUUGACGAUGAAGAAAAUGAGGAAGAAACAUCAGAUUUUGAUCUUCCACCAUCUUGGGUUCUUCCUAUUGAAUUGUCUUUAAAAGAUUUCCAAACAAAGUGUCCUUUUGGCAAGAAGACUAAACUGUACAAGAAGGCAAGACUGGAAAAGUUUGCUGAUUACCUUCUGAAGGAUGGGCUGUCCUCCAGGCUGUCAAUCACAAGUGACUAUGAAUUAAAUGACCUGCUGGAGAAGAGAGAGGUUUUCAAGCAUCGAAUCGAUAAACUAGAUACAAAGACGCACAAUAUGACGACUGGACUGAUAGUAGAGCGCUUCCUUCCUGGAAGACCUGACUGCUUACAAGGUAAAACAGAAAAGUUACUUUGUUUCAUAUUUCUUAGCGCUCGCAUCGAUGGUCUAGUCAAGAGAGAAGAAUCCCCCGAAGAGAUGACGGAAUCGUUUGUUGAUCGCGACGAUUUUCUUUAUCACCGUCAAGUGACUUUUGGCAAGCGGGUCAAAAAAUUUGGACCACAGGACAACAACGCAAGACCAAUAGUGAAAAUCGUUGAACGGUUUCACCGAAAUGCUGCCAAACCAGCCCACGAAGACGUGGCUGAACGCGUGUUUUUGAUCGCAGAGGAAAGAAUCAACUUAACUUUUCACCUUGAGGAUAACAGAGUGACUGCUUCUACACGGGAGUUCGUUAGACCACCACACACUGCAGAGAAAGGGGGCACACUAACCAUGACUCCUGAUAUGACGACAUCCUUUCAGGUGGAUCCCCUGAACAAGCCUCCCAAGAACCUUAGAGUGUACAACAUGUUGGUAUUUCUUGUCGAUGCUGAGGAGAAGAGUGUACAACAAGUUAGGAUAUCUGAAGAAGAGGUCAAAGAGAUUUUACAACAAAGAAUCACAGAAGAGGCUGCUCCACAGUUGUCUGUAUCAGUGUAUGACACAGAAAGAAACGUUAAGGCCAAACUCCACAGGGAAGACCUGGAGAGAAAACAGAGAGAAGAAGCAAUGAAGAAACACGAGAGAGAACUGGAUUAUUUGGCACCGUUUUUGGCACAAAUUGGUGACCCCCCUCGCAUUAGCAAGUCAGAAGCAUUUAAACUCAAAGAAGAAUGUCUUCAAGACUUGAAGCAGCGCCUGAUUGACAAGGCCAACUUGAUACAAGCAAGAUUUGAAAAAGAAACUCAAGAACUUCAGCGCAAACAGAGUUGGUAUCAACAAAACCAGGUUUCAAUGACUAAAGAAGAUGAGGAGGAAUAUCUCAACUACUGCAGUGAAGCUAUGUUCAGGAUACACAUCUUAGAACAGAGACUCAACAGACACAAAGAACUAGCACCACAGAAAUACAUGCAGUUGGAGCAUAAACUGAGAACUGACCCAAGACUUGCCGAACACUUUUAUUGAGUCAUGAGUAAACUCACGGCAUUAAUUCUGUGUCAUUUUUGACAACAAUAUUUACAUCAAGACAGGCAAGAUUUGGAAGAAUGUUGUGUAUAUUGUUUAUGAGAUUGUAAAAUUAUUUUAUUAUUGUUUAUAAAAAAAGUUAAUUUGAAUUGUCCUAUGUAAUAACAAUUAAUAAAAGAAUUAUUACUGA